AUGUCAGAGUUCGAUUAUCGGGCUUUUUACGGAACCGUUGUUCACUCGGCAAGCUUGAAAGAAAUUGCCAUCCUCGAGGAUGCCUUGCUCGUGGUCGACGACUGCGGCACCAUCGUCGCUCUCGAAGCAAACGUGCAGAGUGAAGAGGUCUCCGGAAGACUCGAGGCUCUAAAUGCUGCCCAGAGCUGGUUUACCGAGUUGAAAAAAGGACAAUUCAUCAUGCCAGGCUUCGUAGACACGCAUAACCACGCACCGCAGUGGCUCCAUCGCGGACAGGGACAGGGCCUCCAGAUCCUCGAAUGGCUCAAUCAAGUUGCUUUUCACAACGAGUCACUAUUCAAAGACGCCAAUCACGCAUGGAGAGUGUACCGUAUGGUCGUCAAAGGCAUGAUCCGACAAGGUGUCACCACUGCGAGCUACUAUGGUUCUCUGCACGGCGAGGCUACCAAGAUUCUCGCAGACGUAUGCCGCGACUGGGGUCAACGAGCACUCGUUGGAAAGUGCAACAUGGCCCGUAACGCGCCCGACUUCUAUGUCGAUGACAGCGUCGAGGAGUCGCUUGCGGUGACGCGCGACUGCAUACAACACAUCAAGAAUCUCGACCCCAAGGGGGAGCUCCUCCGUCAUGUCCUGACACCGCGCUUCGCCAUUUGCUGCGACGAGGCUCUGCUCGCGGGCCUCGGCGACAUCGCCCAAGAGAACCCGACCAUGGCCAUCCAGACGCACUUUAACGAGUCCGAGCAGGAAAAGAACUUCACCAUGACCCUGUUCCCGCAGUUCACCAACGAGGCCGACCUCUACGAAAAGUUCCACCUCCUCAACGAGCGCUCCAUCCUCGCCCACUGCACCAUCAUGACGCCCUACGAGACGCAGCGCCUUCAGGACCUCAACUGUGGCGUCGCGCACUGCCCGACCUCCAACAUGACGGUCGGCGGCGGCUUCAUGGCCGCCCACGUCAAGGACUUUUUGCGCCGCGGCAUCAAGGUCGGCCUCGGCACAGACUCCGGCGGCGGCUAUUCCGUCUCUAUGCUCAACGCGAUGCGCCACGCCUUGAUCAACUCCUUUGCGCGCGACUCUUUGGACACGCGUGAUGGCAGCGCGGCGCUGACAUUGGAUGAGGCCUUUCACAUGGCGACGAUUGGCGGCGCGCGCGUCGUCGGCUUCGGCGAUGAGGUUGGUGACUUCGCGGUCGGCAAGCAGUUUGAUGCGCUUCUGGUUGACGUAACGCACACCAGCGGCGGCAUUACCGCGCCACUAGAAGAGGCUGAUACACUGCGGACGAUACUGGAAAAGUUCAUCAUGACAGGCGAUGAUCGAAACAUAACUCAGGUUUAUGUUCGGGGGCGACUUAUCCACAGCUGCUAG